CGUUUGCCAUGUCAGGAAAGAACUCCAAAAUCAAGCUCAGCUUUCUCACUCCCAAAUGGCCAAUACAAUCAUGGCUUUUGCUAUCUCCACUCCCUCACUGAAUUCUUCUUCAUCAUACCAUGGAGGGAUACCCUCUCUCUUUGUUUCAGUCCCUAAAUAUGCAAUAUUUCAGCAACUUAAAGCCAUUCCUCAUCUGGGCUUUGCUCCUUUUUCUCAAUGGAGUGGACUAAAGCAACUGGGCAUCUCAAUCCCAAAAUCUUCAGCAAAAAUGGGUGGGAAGGGGAAAUGUAAAGGCAGAGGAGUUUAUGCUUCUUUAUUCGGAGUUGGGGCUCCUGAGGCUCUAGUCAUUGGGGUGGUCGCUUUGUUAGUUUUCGGACCUAAAGGUCUUGCCGAGGUUGCUCGUAACUUAGGUAAAACACUGCGUGCAUUUCAACCUACGAUAAGAGAACUCCAGGAAGUCUCAAGGGAAUUUAAGAGCAGUCUUGAGCGAGAAAUUGGUCUUGAUGAAAUCAGCAAUUCUAUUCCAAGAACUUUCAGCUCUGACAUCCCUAGAACUGCGCCAAUGGACACCUCCGAGGAUUCAGGGACAAACAUUGAAAGCAAAGAGUCUCCAGAAGAUAAUAGUUCUCCAUCUGAAAGUGGAGGCUACACAGCCGACGAGUACUUAAAGGUCACUCAAGCUCAAUUCGAAGGAGCUCUUGCGCAGCUACGGAAAGAGCAAGAAGAGGAGGAAAAGAAGAACAGGGCUCUGUCUGAAUCCCAAACUCCCUCUCAGGGAACUUCUCAAGAACUGUCUUCAGUGAUAGCUCCUUCCGAGAAUCCUGACAUAGAGGCUCUGCAAGAAUCUGCUUCAGUGCUGCCUCCUGGCCCUUCUCCAGACCCAUGAAACUUUGAAACAAGUAUUAUGUUUGUCCACUGACUGUUACUGGGAAGUUAGGAAUUGCAGAUUAUUACUUCCAAAAGAGAUCACUCUCACUCACGUAUACAUAUAAAUUCAGUCCAUCUCCUUUAUAGAAAUUUGUUAUUUUUGUAGUGGAGGACUUCCAAUCUGAUGUAGGUAAAAUGGAGAAAAUCCAUGUGAUUGAGAUAUAACAAAGUGUCACUUACAACUA